UUAUCUGAAAUUAGUCAACAAAAAGAGGAAGAAAAUCAUUAAGAUAACUGACAAAUUUCAAUGGACCAACUGGUGUAACGGACAGCUCCUCCUUCAGCUUUAUGUAAUCUUGUGUGAGACAAGUUUUUCAUCUGUGGUUGAGGGUCAUCAGUUGAACCUUCCUACAAUACGAGCAAUUGCCAGCAGGUCAGUGGUGUGAAUCUGCAAGUGCUGAUUUCUUAUGUGCAAGCGAAGCGAAUCGAGCUCUGUAGUUUCCGAUUUAGAGAUGAAGGAGAGCGCUGGCUGAAGAAAACAAAACAAACAAAAAAAAAAAAACCAAACUCCUAAGUCACAGCAGUCACUGACGUUACCAGCCUUAACAGGAAGUGAUGACUUCCGGCUGCUGUGUGAUAGUACAUCGAAACGCGGCGCGCGCACACACACAGCUUCCCCAUAACUCGCACACGGAGCACGCCAGCUCGCCAGGAAGGAGUCUGGUGAUAAGAUAGAAGCAUCACCAUGGCAGGUCAAAGUGGGCAGAACACCAGAAAAGGAGAGAAUUUACUGCAAACACCUGAACAGGAAGAUGGCGCAUCAAGACACAGGCAGUUUUCCCCAGUCCAUACACGUAAACUCGGCUUUACAAGGAGACAGAGAGACAGGAGGGAUUUAAAAGAAGAUGAAAAUCCGGAGGCCAAAGCCAGACGACACAAGGAGAUGGAGCUGAAGCCGCUGUAUAAGGAGCUGCUGUACACCAUCGCCCAUAAGAUGGGUAAACCAGCGUCAGCGGAGGUCUUCACAAACAGCCAGCUCCACCAGUACCUAAAGGAGGCUUUCACUAUGACAGAUGAGGAGCACAUCGCUCUGAUGGAGAAAGUACAGAACACAGAGCCGCCGGUAUACUGCCUGAUGGUCACCGUGAAGGAAGCUAAAGAAAUUCUAGGAAAAGACGUCAGUGGUUUUAGUGACCCUUACUGCCUCCUGAUGGUCUUGGAAGAGGAGGAGGAAAAAAAGAGCAGCAGUGCAAAAGCCAAACCCAGCAAAUAUGUGGUAAAGGGCACAGUAUCACAUGAGAAAAUCUACCAAACCGAUAUCAAAAAGCAAACCUUGAACCCCAUUUGGAACCAAACCUUCAUACUAGAGUUUGUACAUUUGGCGAACACCACUUUCCACCUUGAAAUGUGGGAUAAGGACGAAGAGGUGUCUCUCACUCAGAAACUGGAAGAGAUCAAAACCAACUUAAAUAGUUUAAGAAGGAUGAUCAAGGAGGCCAAAAAGGAGAAAGGCACAGAUGACUUUUUGGGAAAUAUUGUGUUAAGACUACAGGAUCUCCACUGCACUGAGGACAACUGGUACAAACUGGAGCCCAGAACGGAGACGUAUCCUAAUCGCGGCCAGUGUCACCUCUUCCUCCAGUUCAUCCACAAAGCUAGAGACGGGACUCUGAGCGCCGGUCGCAGUGCCUACACCAACUACUGUGGGAUUCUGCAGCAGUUUGUCCAAGCUUACAUUUCAAAACAACAGAGCUCCGCUCCGUGGAAAGGCGCGCUGUGUGGCGAGGCUCAGACUCUGCUUGAACUCUACGCUACGCAAAACGACCUCUCUCCUUUUCUGCAAGACCUGGCGAAGUGGGUGGCUUACAGUAAACUGUACCAGAGCUUGGAGGUGGACUCGUCUGUGCUGUUCCAUCAGCUCACCAGCAUAGAGUACCACUGGCAUCAGCAGGAGCUUCCCUACCAGCAGAAACAGGAACUUGGGGAUUCUCUUCACGGCUUCCUGCAGUACGGACUGUGUUUGGUUUCCAAAUACAGAGACAUCUUCCCCCCGACUCCCAGUGCCACUCCGAAACUACACACACUCCUCAGGAUCUUGGUCCAGAUCUGUAAGACUCAAGCUUUCCAGAAACAGAACCCGGCCAACUUUGAGCUUCACGAAGGCGUCCACGAUGCCAUAGAGACAGGCACAGAGGAGUGGUUUACCAUCAAAAAGGGGUUGCAUCAGCCGAUGACCAAGGACCUGACAGAGAUCGGGAGCGCCCUCUCUAGGCUGAUUGCGGAAGUUCGGGAAGACAUAAGACACAACAAGGACGUGUGGAACCGAGUUUUCUUCAGUGCUGUGCAAGUCGAUGUCUUCACUGUUGUCUAUCAGAAGUUUGACUCCUUGCUCGCAAAGGAAGUGAAAGCGACCCUCUCCAUAAUGGAGGACCAAAUGGAUCAGAACCUCUCCAAAAGCCUGUUUCCCGUUUACCUGAGCUUGCAGGCCAUCCACAAAGACAAGGCCUUCCUGCAGAAAAGGGGAUUACUCCAGCUGACAGACUUUCAUGAAGGUUUCCGGGACGCCCUGCCGUACUGGCUGAACCAGGCGUUCAGCACCACUCAGGACCGGGUGGUCAGGGCGGUGCAGGUUGACCAGCUGCAGCCGCUGCAGGUCGGCGCGGUCCCCAUAAAGCACAGCUCCUCAGCCGUGGACCUGGUGGCCUGCAUCCAGCCAAUCUGCCACUUGUGGGAGCAGCUGUCGUGGCCUGACCCCGAGGAGGCCUUCAUGCUCAUGGUCAAACUCACCGAGGAUGUUUGUAAGAUUGUAGUGAACUACUGUCACCUCCUAAAGGAGCGAGUCCGGGUGCUGUCUGAGAACUCGGACCACAGCAUUGCCAUCAACAUGCUGUGCGUCGUAGUGAACGACCUGGAACACCUGCGCUCGGUGCUGACCCGCCUUCCCGCUCAGCUCAACUGGGAGGUCCUUCGCGCCCGCACCGAGAGCGUCAUAGGGCAGAGCCAGUUUGAAAACACGCUGCAUUCCCAACUUCAGCAAGCCAAGAGCAUCCUCUGCAAGGAGAUCCGGUCAGCGCUCGACACUCUGGGGAGACAGUUAAACACAGACAUCGAGACUCACGUCAGGAGCAUGUCCACCAGGCGGAGGAUUCCCUCCAAGUCCACGGAGGACGCUGCAGCCCCUCUAAUGCGCUACCUCGAACAGGAGCUUAAGUACAUGAAUGAAAACCUGGUUCAAGAGAACUUCAACAGCCUCCUGACUCCGUUGUGGCAAAACUCUGUGAAAAUUCUUUAUCAGGUUUCCAACCAGCAUUUGCAGCAAGAAGGGCUCAUGGUGUUCUGCCAGAGGCUGCUGUACACGCUGCAGUGUCUCGAGCAGUGUUUCCACGCCGACGGAAACGGACUUCCUGAGAAGGCGUUGCACUCCGACGAAUACAAGAAGCUGAAGGCUCACCUCACUCACCACUCGCUGACCAGCCACCAGCUCAUAGAGAAGUUCUUUAAAAGAAAAAUAUCAGAGCAGAGAGAUUACCAAGGGGAAAAAUAUGGAGCGGUCACCCUCCUCACAUCCUACAGGAGGUCCGACCAGAGGCUGCACAUCGAGGUGCUCAAUGCAGUCAGCCUCCUGCCAAUGGACUCCAAUGGCCUCAGCGACCCGUUUGUGCGGCUGUGCCUGGAACCCAACCACGUCUUCCCCGAGAUAGAGCCGCGCUGCACCCAGUACAAAAGCUGCGAUCUCAACCCCCUCUUCGACGAGGCCUUCGAUUUCCUGGUUUCGCUGGAUCAGUGCCGGACUCCAGGAGCGUGCUUGGUCAUCACGGUUCUGGACCAUGACACCUUGAGGCCAGAUGACUUUGAGGGCGAGGCGUUCCUGGCCCUCGAGGUCGUACCUGGAGUUUCAGAACAAGAAGGAGAGAAAGUCGACUCGCAGAUGGACUCAGCACCCGAGAAGAUACGCCUGCCUUUGACGCACCCUAAACCUAAUGAGGACAGCAUCUUGAAGCUGCUGGAGUCCCGGAGAGGAGAGCGAGAGGCUCAGGCUUUCGUCAAGAAGCGACGCCAACGGGAGAAACAGUCCCAGGAGGCGGUCCAGCAAUGACAAACGCACGGAGACGCGUUCUUCCUCCAAAAAUAUACAAUUUGUUUUUAAUGAUCAGUACCAAAAGACAAAA